UGGGUGAUUUGUAAAAAAAUAAAUAUAAAAAAUGGAAAUUUAUUGGAAGAGGCAAAUAAAUGUCCAUGUACUAUCUACUUUCAUGUCCUAUUCAAAUUUCUACUUUUUCUCGACACUGGAAAACCCUAAGUUGAAGUUGCAGACGAAGUUCUCUGUCAUCGCCAAUGGCGUCUUCCUCGACUGAGCCUUCUCCGCCGAAAGAAGUGCGGAAUUGGCUGGAAUUUCCGCGCGACGUGACAGCGUCGAUUCUUUCUCGUCUGGGCGCAAUUGAAAUCAUGACCAGUGGUCAGAUGGUUUGCAAGUCGUGGCUCGAUAUCUGCAAGGACCCUCUCAUGUGGCGAACCAUUGACAUGCGGAACAACGGCGAUCGUGAUUUCGGCUUGGACUUGGAAAAGAUGUGCCGCGACGUUGUCGACCGGAGUUGUGGUCAACUCGUUGAUAUCAAUAUUGAGCAAUUUGGAUCCGAUGAACUGGUUCGGCAUAUCACUUCUAGUUCAAGUCAGAUCAAACGUCUUCGACUUGCUUGUUGCUAUGAUGUUUCAGAUGAGGGAUUGAUUGAAGCUAUUGAAAAGCUUCCACUAUUGGAGGAGCUUGAUCUGACACUAUGCUCAUUUUCAGAAAAUUUUAUCGAAGCAUUGGGCAACUGUUGCCCUCAUUUUAGAACAUUGAAAUUGAAUUCCCAAGCUCAUAAACUCCCAGACAUGGAUCCUGAUGAGGAGAAGGAUUUUAAUGAGGAUGUGAUUGCCAUUGGUAAAUACUUGCCAGGAUUGCGCCACCUGCAGCUUAUUGGAAGCUCGAUGACUAACAUGGGCUUACAAGCCAUUCUUGAUGGUUGUCCUAAUCUCGAGUCACUUGACCUGCGCCAGUGUCUCAAUAUUAAUUUGAAAGAAAAUUUGGGGAAAAGGUGUGCAGAGCAGAUUAAACUUAUACGGCUACCUUAUGAUCCGCUCAAGGACUAUGGAUAUAUUGCUGAUUAUAGUGAGGUGUUUUUUGGGGAAGACGAUGAUUUUCCCUUUGCUGAUCACGAGUCCUUUUUGAGUAAUCUUCUUGAACUUGAAGAUGAGAUAGGUGAUGACUUUGAUUAUGGAUACUCAGAUGAGGAUGGUUUCUCCGACUAUGAUGAUUUUACAGCCAUUAACUAUGAUGAUGGGUUCUUAUAAACUUAUGAUUAUCUUAUGAAAGAGAUGACAGAACAAGGAUUAGUGUGUAGAGAAGAAGAAUCCAUGUUUAGCUCUUCAUUCUAGGCAGUUUAUAUAUUUGUUGUACAUUUACUGCAGUUUGGAAUCAACUAUAAGGUCGGAAAAACCGACUUUAGUGAGUCUAAUUUUUCUUUUUGUUGUAUAAAAUAAAAUCUCUGCGUUUUAGAUGAAAUAAAGAUUGGUACUUAUCAAUCAAUUUUGGUGUACUCUGUUAUCUACACAAAGCGAAGGAUACGUUUGGUUAUGUUUUUA